AUGUCACUCUGGCCCACACUCACGACCUCAUCAUGUGCUGCGUAGAGGCAGCCUUUAGGCGGCGCAGCUGCCACCAGAGCCGCAACAGCAGCAUCAUCCAUCGCUCCACCCCAUCAUGACCACUUUCACCAACAUCUCCGACACCGACACGCCCGUCAUCUCCAUCAACCCGGCUCACCGAGUCGCCAAGAUCAACGACAAUGUCUACGGCGGCUUUGCCGAGCACAUGGGCCGCUGCAUUUACGGCGGCAUCUACGACCCCGGCAACCCGUUGUCGGAUGAAAACGGCUUCCGCAAGGACGUGAUCGAGGCGUUCAAGGAGCUCAACUGCCCCGUCGUCCGCUAUCCCGGCGGCAAUUUUGUCGCCACCUAUCACUGGCUGGACGGUGUUGGUCCCAAGGACCAGCGCCCGCCUAGACCAGAACUGGCCUGGAUUGGCGUGGAGAGCAACGAAUUCGGCACCGACGAGUUCCUGAAGUGGUGCGAAGUCGUGGGCACCGAGCCCUACUUCGCCCUGAACUUCGGCACUGGCACGCUCGACGAAGCUCUCGCGUGGGUCGAGUACUGCAACUCGUCCAAGAACACGUACUACGCGAACCUGCGGCGCAAGAACGGCCGCGAGGAGCCCUACAAUGUCAAGUACUGGGCCCUGGGCAACGAGAUGUGGGGCCCCUGGCAAGUCGGGCAAAUGACCAAAGAAGACUACGCCAAAAAGGCGUACCAGUGGGCCAAGGCGCUGAAGCUGCUCGACCCAAGCAUCCAGCUGAUCCUGUGCGGCCAAGACGGCACCAGCAGCUGGGACGCGUACGUGCUGAAAGAGUGCGUCAAGUGGGACGUGCACGGGCUCGGGGGCAGCACGACGGCGAGCCUGAUCGCCAUGCACAGCAUCCACAUCUACACGGCCAGCGCGGCGCACCUAGCCAACGCGACGGCGCCGCGCAGCGCCGAGCGCGCCAUCGAAGUCACGGCCGCGCUCAUCGACCUCGCCCGCAUCGAGAACAAUGUCCCGCCGUCGGUGCCCGCGCCCUCCAUCUGCUUCGACGAGUGGAACGUCUGGGACCCGGUGCGCGCGCCCGGCGAGGCCGGCGCAGAGGAAAAGUACACGCUGUCGGACGCGCUGGCGGUGGCGGCGUGGCUGAAUGUGUUUGUGCGGCAGGCGCGGCGCGUGGGCAUGGCCAACGUCGCGCAGAGCGUCAACGUCAUCUCGCCGCUCAUGACGACCAAGACGGGCCUCGUCAAGCAGACGACCUGGUGGCCGCUGCUGCUGUUCAGCCGGUUCAUGCGCGGCCACACCGUCGCGGCGCAUGUGGCGUGCGGCGAGUACGAGGGCGAGACGGCGCCCAGGUGGAUGCGCGGCACGGUUGCUACGCCCUGGCUGGAUGUCAGUGCGGCGGUGGGCGAGGAUGGCUGGGUCACCCUGGCUGUGGUGAACGUGCAUGCGGAGAGGGCGUUUGAGACGGAUGUGCAGGGCGUUAAGGAGGGCGUGGUUAAGGUAUACACGGUUGAGGGGCCGGGCGUGGAUGCUGUGAAUGUGGAGGGGAAGGAGGAGGUUGGUGUUAGGGAGAGCGAGUGGGAUGGGCGGGGCAAGUUUACGUUCCCCAAGGCUAGUGUGACGUUGUUGAGGUGGAAGGCUUGACGGGGGUGUUGCUAUUGCUGCACAGGUGGUGGGCGAUUCGAUUGGAUGGAUGUGUAGAGGUUGUGUAGAAUUGACUAGAAUUCACUUAUGACUUGGG